UUGGAGACAUUUUUGGCAGCUUAGCUGUUUGUUACAGGUCUGAUGCUAAAAUUCCUUGCUAAAAAUAGCUUGCAAAGGAACUUCGUGGCAAGUCAAUAAUAACCUUAUAUACUCUGCACCAAAUCCUGUCUAGCCUACUUCUGUCUGAAAAUGUUGCAUGAAGAAACUGCAUGGCAAAAUAAAAACCUCUUCAGAUAUUUGGAGCUGGGGAAGUUAACUCUUAAGAUAAAAAGAAAAAAAAAAAGGAAAAGCUUUUCAUAUCAUUCUGUGAAGAAGCAUCAGAGUCAGACUGGAAGAAAAUAAUUACAUGCAUUUUUAAAGCAAUGCAAUUUGGGAUGUGACUGAGUGGUUUAGUGAUGGGAUAAUUUUAAAGGUAGCUUGCUGAAGCAAAUCACCCUGCUGGACUUAAUUCUUAAAUAUCUCUCAAUUUCCACAUAAAGUAAUUAAAGCCUUAAAUAUCAGAUAAUGUUUGGUAUGGAAUGGGAUGGAAUGGAAUGAUAGAAUAUAUGAUAGAACUCUUCAGCUCUGCCCUUAAAAAGUUGUGUUAACCUUGCAAAUGAAAAUCUCUUGUCUUUUAUGAGAUUUUCAGCACAGCAUCCAUUACUUUGGAACCUGAAUUUUUUUUUCCUCGUUUCAUUCUUACUACUGCAAAAAUAUCUCAGAAUUUUUUCCCGCUUGAGGGGCCUGAGUAAUUUCUCAUUUUAAAAAUAUCAGGUGCAUAUUAGUGUCAGUGUCUAGAGACUAGCAUUAUGACUCAUUUUCAAGUCACAGUGUUGCUGGACCAGAUCUUUCUAUCCUUACAUACACGAGCAUGAAUCUGUUCAAAUGAUCAUGUUUUGCUUUCCUGUGUAAUCACAUUUGUUGUUGCCAACACACAAUGAGGUGAGCUUAGCCUUGACCUGUAGCGUGUUCACAAGGAAUUGGUUAAUGCAAAUGAAAAUAGCAAAGUGUUCAACUAAUUCUUCGAUGAGAACAGCACAGGCCUUAUUAGAAACCUUUCCUAUAUUGCAAACUCUGUCGCAUCAUUCAGAGAACAACUAUUUAUCUCAGCAUUUAGGUAUGAGCACUGUCAAAGUUGCUAGUAAAAUAACAAUCUAUCUAACAUUGUUUUCAGUAUUAGCAAAAGAAAAUACAUAUGAGCAGGUCAGCUGCUAUGCCUUAGCUGUGUGUGAGGAAAGAAUUAGAAGUCACCUGUGUUCACAGAAAUACUCCCAACGGUAAUCCAGUAAAGGCCACACGAUCUAUUUUUAUGUGAUGCAAUACUGAGUUCUACUCUGUCUUUUUCUUUACUUAGACCCUGAAUAUUUUUCUGUUUAUUAAGCAAUGUGCAGCAACGCGCUGAUCUUUUUUUUAAUGUGUUGGAGUGUAUGGCUAGGGUAAACCUUUCUGUCAGGUUGGAAAAUCAAUUUUACAAAAAUCUGAAGUAUUUUAUCAGAGGAUCAGGACUAUGCAGUUGUUAUUACUGGCUGUAAUAUUUCAAGUAAUUUUCACAACCUGUGAUACAGCUAACAAGUAACUUGACAGUUUGCCAAGGCAGCACAGUUAGAUUUGUUGAAGAGAAGUUUAAAAUAUUCAUUAGGGCAGUGUAUUUGUGAAUGAUGUAUGAAGUUAAUAACAAAUUCAAGGUUAAGAACAGUCUGACUUCUCAGAAGGAAGGGACAGAAACCCAGCUCUGUGAGAAGUAGUGAAAUUUUAUUAGUUAUUUCUGGUUUAGCAUACUAGUAGGGAGUAUUCUGAUUUAACAGGGUUUUUAUUUUUUUAGAAAAAUAGACAGGAUCCUAAAUAAAUUUUAUGAGGAAAAAUAAACUGGCCUUUGGAGGGAGAGAAUUCCUUUUCCAGAAGAGUGAGAAGACUGCCCUGCGCUUAGCUUCUGUUUACUGUCAAGGGACAGGCAAAGAUGAUGAAGGAUGGAAAGGUUUUUAGAGUUAUUCAAGAGAACUGCUGGGAUCCAGAAGUACGGAUUAAAGAGAUGAACCUAUCAGGAGUCACAGUCCAAGUCCUUUCCACAGUCCCUGUAAUGUUCAGCUACUGGGCCAAACCUCAGGAUACUCUAGAUCUAGCCCAGAUAUUAAAUAAUGACUUAGCUGCUACAGUAAAAAAGUACCCCAAGAGGUUUAUCGGCUUGGGUACGUUACCUUUGCAAGCUCCAGACCUGGCUGUGAAGGAAAUGCAGCGCUGCGUGAAUGAACUUGGAUUUCCUGGUGUACAAAUAGGAUCUCAUGUCAAUGAAUGGGACCUGAAUGCACCAGAACUGUAUGAUAUUUAUGCUGCUGCAGAACAAUUAAAUUGCUGUCUCUUCGUGCAUCCCUGGGACAUGCAGAUAGAUGGAAGGAUGUCCAAAUACUGGUUUCCAUGGCUAAUUGGCAUGCCAGCAGAAACAACUAUAGCCAUUUGCUCCAUGAUUAUGGGAGGAAUUUUUGAAAAAUUUCCUAAGCUGAAAGUUUGCUUUGCACAUGGAGGUGGAGCUUUUCCAUACACGGUGGGGCGAAUCUCCCAUGGGUUCAACAUGCGCCCUGAUUUAUGUGCAGUGGAUAAUAAGGUGGAUCCAAGAAAAUACCUUGGUUCAUUUUACACAGACUCUCUUGUCCAUGAUCCUGGUGCACUACGGCUGCUAACAAGUGUAAUAGGAGAGGACAAAGUUAUUUUGGGGACAGAUUACCCUUUUCCACUUGGGGAACUAGAACCUGGAAAAUUGAUUGAUUCAAUGGAAGAUUUUGACAAUAAACUGAAGGAUAAACUCAAGGCUGGCAAUGCUCUGGAAUUUUUGGGUCUUAGGAGAAAACAAUUUGAAUAAUUAUGAAGACAUUAAAGAGAUCAAACUUCAGAAAUAACGCUGGAUCCUUAGGGAUACUUCAAUUUGCAUGUGCAAUUAUACAGGUGAAAAAUAAAUUUGACAACUAUA